AUGUGGACUAACAGCACUGGUGCUCAAGAUGGAGUAUCACAGGCCAGUAAAAUUCCAGGUCGGAGGAAGAGAACGAGCUUCACUAAGGAGCACUUGGAACUCCUCCGAGUGGCUUUUAGUGUAGAUCCAUAUCCUGGUAUUAAUGUCAGAGAAAGUUUAUCUCAAGCCACUGGCCUCCCAGAGUCACGCAUCCAGGUGUGGUUCCAGAAUAAGAGGGCAAGAACCCUGAAGAACAGGACCAUUCGAGCCUCACCUCAACCAGAAGGGGCUUCUUCUUUGGCCAGUCCCUUCUUGCUCCCUGACAUGGUCAUUAUGAAGGAGAGUGGGCCAUUUAACAUCACCCAACCUGAGAUGAAAGACGUCGCUGAACAAGAUUGCUUCUUCACUGACGCGUCUCCUCCAAGUUUCAGCUUCAGUGUUUACUGCAGCACUCCAUCUGCAAGGCCCCGAGUAGACAGACUGAUGGGCACCAGCUCUAGCCCUUCCCCACUUCCGUCUGAUUCGGAUGCCACUCCAGUUGGCUGGGGCUCUGUGAGAAUCAAAGCCCAGCCAUCGCCGGAGCCUCUGUGGAGUUCGCAGCUACAGGGCAGUGGAAACACCAGUAGGAAUGGCAGCCAAGUUUUCCUGUACCCACCACCCCCUUACCCUCAUGGCAGUGUUAGGUAUGUUAGUUGCCUGAAUUCAGCAUCCACCUCCCCUGGCUCUCCUGAUUCUGCAUUUUGGGACAUGGGUAUGGAGAACUCCUCUCUGUGUACGUUCUAUUCUCAGCAUAGUAGUCUGUGGGAUGAACCAUCCCAAGAGGAGUCUUCAGCCCCACUGCCUAAUCUGUCUUCCCAGUGCCUGAAGGAAGUCCUUGGAGAGAUAGAGCCAGGCUGGUGGAACAUCAAUGGACAGAUGGACCUUUAA